AUGAAUCGGUUUCCUCUUCACGACCCCCCCCUGCUCGCUCAGUGGCUGAAGGCGGUCGGCCGGGCCAACUGGCACCCCCGGCUCGGCUCGUCAAUUUGCUCCACCCAUUUCACCGAGGACUGCUUCGACCGCACGGGAGACAAAGUCGUCCUCCGUCCGGACGCCGUCCCCACGCGGCUGGUCCACAGCAGCUCGGCACCCUUAUUUGCCAAGUACGAUGCUGUGGAGCUCUACCUCCGUCAACGCAUCUAUCCUCCGGGUCUGAGCUACGUGGAGAAAAACACCUUCAGGAGAUUCUGCAAGAAGUUCGUCAUCAAAGACGCUGAGCUCCACAUGGUGAAGGGGGAGCGGGUGCGUCUGGUCCUGAGGAGCCAGCAGCAGGUGGAAGUCGCCCUGAAGGAUUAUCACAACGAGCUGAACCACCUCGACACCAACAAGUGUCUCCGGCUGCUCAACGAGAGAUUCUUCUGGAAAACCAUGAAGCCCGACGUGGUGCAGUGGAUCAGCAGCUGCUCCGAGUGCAGCCGGACGACGAGGAAGAAGCCGGAGAAGCAGGCGGCGGGGGGGGGGGGAUCCGAGUCCUCGCUGCAGACGCACACAUCACCUCAGCUUCACCGAGACGCCAGCAGGUACAUCACUGUGUCCAUCUAA